AGUUUUAGUUACUGGGAGGUUGAAUGUUUUGCUAAAAUUUAAAUAUGGCUGAUAUUUGAAUAGAACAACAUUUCCAACCAGAAUUUCCAUCAUAAAAAUCAGCAUCAAGAUAUCAAAAAUAGAAAAUAAUUAUUGUGAGAUUUUUUAGAUAUUAUAUCGCUUUGAUCAGUGGUAAAAUUUGUUAAGUUUGCAAUAUUAAAUUUCUUAAUGUGUUGGCAAGUCUUAACUUGUUUUGAAACGCUUGAUAAGUUGAUUGUUUCUCUAGAUGUCCCGCACACCUUCUGAAAAUUCCCUAGGCUUUACUGAAGAUGAGAUAAAGGAGCAAUUAGAAACUUUCGGUUACAGGAAUGUGCCAAGAGAUAGAUUAAUAGCUUUUAAGAAAGAUCUUGAAAAAUUAGUAGAAAGUGAGAGGAGUAAAAGUAAUUCGUUAGCCGGUAGUGAAACUUCGUCUCAGACUAGCGAAUCAUCAGGACCAAUCGUAUCUCGAUCCAAUAACGUUAAGGAAAAUUAUGAUCCUAAAGUUACAUAUCCCGUGAAUAGAAAUGUUUUCAAGAGUACAUAUGGCAUCCAGUCUAAUAUGAAAGACAUUCCGACAUUCAGAAAAGAAAAUGGGAAAACUGUUAGAGUUCCGACUGCAAAUAUGUCUAGUACCACAACAUCAGCCACUUUAACAGACGAAGACGAGGAUGAAACAAGUUUUUUGACAUCAGAUUAUGAUACUGAACCAUCUAUUCCUCGCGUUACUAAAUCGAAUGUUAUGAAAAGGAAAACGCUUAGAAAAGAUGAGGGUAAAACGAUCAUUGACGAAUCAUUUACUGAGAGUGAAGCAGACGAUGUUGUCGAAAGAGUUAAUAGACGUUUGGCCAAUUUACGAGCUAGAGCGUACCAAGAACAAGAAAAGCAUACUCAAGUCAGGCCCCAAUCAGCCCCUCCUCAGUCAAGCAAUUUACAGCCAAUGUUUAGAAUCGAUGAAAAUUUCGACCGUCCAAGAUCGGUUAUUAAACCAAUGAUGAUUAACCCUCAUAAUAAAAAUGUUAGAAAGUGUGAUCCUGUCGCUAAACAUCAGAAGUAUGCUGAGAUAUGGAAAAAACAAAAAGCGCCUGGCGAAAAGCAGCACAAAGAACUAAGAUGGAACAUAAGAGAAUUAAUGCUUUACAAAGAUGAUGUAGUCACUAAAAAAGAACCCAAAGUUUUCUCUGGUAAUAAUUAUCAAGUUCCGUCUGAAAAGAAACGUAAGGAUUUGAGGUGGCAAAUUCGACAAAAUUUAGCUCAGGGAGUCGUUCCUCCAUCACCAUACGACUAA